AUGAUUUAUAACUUAUUCCUGCUGAUUUCUAUGUGUUACAUUGUGGCAAAAGCUCAGGAGCAGUGGCAUUUUCGUAUGAUUUCUAAUACAACAAACAACGAUUUUAAUUUGAUACAAAUCGGCGAAGAACUUCACAGAUAUACCUCGCAGAUACCUUAUCUCAAUGUGUUGUUACGUGCAAAGUAUUUACAAAGCGAAGCCGCCAAUCCUUACGUGCAAUGGUUUCUUCGGAGUAGUCUACUGCCGGUGAUGAUCACAGCCUAUGACACAUACCAAAUAAAUAAAACAGAGUCGUUGGAAACGCGAGAUAAGGAACGUGAGAGUUUCGUUAUUGCCACCGAUUUUCAACAAUUACAUGAUCUCGCACAUAGUCUUGUGCAUCGGGCGGGUGUGUUUUUUUUCAUCGUUUCCGAUACUCGAUUGCCGAAAAAUCGCUCCCAGUUGCGUAACGUUUUCCAUUCGUUGUGGGUUAAGUAUAGGACUUUCAAAUCUUUCUUACUUACAUUUGAAGGCAUUUUUUACUACAACCCAUUCGAGUAUGAUGCUACCCGCCAAGAAUAUGGCAAAAUUAUUCGAAAUAAUAGUACCGAACCGCUGGAAAGCGUAUUGUUUCGCGAUAUGCAAGGCUAUCCUUUGCGGACACAAAUUUUUAAAUCAGUAUAUGCGCGCCCAUUUAUAAAUAAUAGUAAUCCAUCAAUAAAGGACGUUUACGGGGUGGAUGGUAGAGUGGCAGAGCUCCUACAGCAGCGAAUGAAUUUCACAAUGGUCUUACAAGAUCCAGAUCCUAACUAUUUCGGUGAACGAGCAAAAGAUGGUACAUAUAAUGGUGCAAUCGGUUCAAUUAUCGAAGAUAAGGUCGACUUAUGCUUCACGGGUUUCUUUAUUAAGGAUUAUCUAGUGUCGGAUUACAUGGACUUUACAGUAGCGGUUUAUGAUGAUAAGUUGUGUAUUUAUGUGCCAAAAGCUCAACGCAUUCCUCAAUCAAUACUGCCACUGUUUUCGGUUGGUAUCGACGUUUGGUUGGGUUUCCUUCUCACUGCUUUCAUGUGUUGCCUUAUUUGGUGGCUCAUUCGUCGCCUAAAUCUGUGUCUGAAUAUUAGAAAAUGUACUGACACACCACUGGAUCGAAGCCAAUGGUGUCAAUUCAUCCGAAUUUAUAUCGACACAUGGGUACUUUGGGUGCGCGUCAAUAUUGUAAGAUAUCCACCAUUCAACUCGGAACGCAUCUUUAUAGCAUCAAUGUGCUUAGUGAGUGUCAUAUUUGGCGCUAUAUUCGAGUCCAGUUUGGCUACAGCAUUCAUACGCCCACUAUAUUAUAACGAUAUCAACACCUUGCAGGAAUUAGACGAAAGUAAUCUAAAAAUCAUAUACAAGUACUCCUCAAUGGCUGACGAUCUGUUUUUUAGUGAAACAUCCCCACUAUUUGCAAGUCUUAAUAAAAAAUUAGUGCAUCUACAGGACUGGAACGCUGACGUUAUAUUGGAUAUUGCAAACAAUGGCGGAAAAGCAAGUGUCACGCGGCAAAAUUCAAUAAUGCUCGAAUCAUUACAGUUCAUUUUGGCCAAACAAGUUUAUGUCGUACCUGAAUGUCCGAAAUUUUACACCAUUUCCUAUGUCAUUCCAAAGAAUGCGCCCUGGGAGAAAGCCAUCAAUAAUUUGCUGCUGGCGUUUUGUUCUUCUGGACUAAUCACAAAAUGGAUUAACGAUAUGAAAACUGAAGUUGACAUCGAUAUAAUGAUAAAAGGCAUGGAUAUCGAAGACACAAAUACUUUGAAAGUGCUCACAGUUAUCGAUUUGCAGUUAGCAUUCUAUGUGGUGUUGAUGGGCAACACACUGGCUGUUCUAUCACUCAUCGCUGAGUUUUGUCUCAACAGUUUGAGAAAACGCCGACAUCCACGGAUAAGCAAAAUGUGGAGAUCUUAUGAGUCAUCUAGGUGUACAGAGCACGCCUAG